UUUAAGUACAAUAAUCGAUAAUAUCAACUUAUGGGUCUCAAAAUUAACUACAGUCAGUAGAUUGUUUGUAACUAUUCUUUUAUAUUUAAUGCUUAAAAAAAGAUAGGUUAUUUAAAUUUUAAAGCAAGAUAAGUAAAUAAUACAAAGAAAUGCGUAAUGAUUUUGCACCUGCGAAUAUAAAUUUUCAUGAUUGUAUGGCAAUAGGCAAAUAUUUUAAAUUAUCAUGUAAAAGAUUCAAAUUGUUUUUUAUGUACAAAAGUUUUUAAAUUGUUUGUUACUUCUAGUUUUCUAAAAAUUGCUGUGUUACAUGUAUGUAAAUGAAAAAUGAUCGUUCGGUUAGUUAUUAUUGUAUUGAGUUAUUUACAAUUAUCCAAUUGCAAUGAGUUGUUUGACCGUUCAAAAGCUAUUGAACUGAUUGACCAAUUAAUGAGAAUUAAUACAGGUUACGAAAAAACUACGUUUUAUGAUGUAUCUAAAACUACAAACGAAGAACUAUCAAGUUUAAUACAAAAACAAUACGUCAAUUUGAAGUGUAGUUAUAUGUAUAGUUCUCUUUUGUAUAUAGACGCGAUUACCGAUAUUAUACAAAACUCUAAGCCGCGACAUAGGGACACAAUUUCAGAGUUAUUAUUCGAAAGACACGUUACAUUAAUGUUGGCAACAAUACAUAAUUCCAAAAGCUGGACAAAUCAAAUAGGAGAACUUUGGAUUGUAUAUAUGUUUGUGAAAAAAAUCGGAGAGUACUUCACUUCGACUGUAGGAACUCAAAAAGAAAUUAAAUAUAAUUUGAUGAAAGUCCGGGAUAUUACUAAUCAACACCUAAAAUCUUUAACUUUAAAGCAUUGCGACGAAAAGAAUGCGUUCAAUUUUCAUUAUGGUGGAUCAUUGUUUAACGAGAACUUUGAAAUAUCAAAACGCCCAUUUUUCAAUAAAGAAUUUUUUACGAGAGAACAUUAUAUAAACAUGAAUAAGUAUCUAAUGGAAAAUCAAAUAUUAUCAAAUGUGAAAUGCGGAUUGACUUUUGAUAAUUACGAAAAAUUUAACAUGAACACUCUUUAUUUAAACGGUAUCAUGGUAAAUGAAAGACAUUUAAAUCAGCUCGAAGGUAUGAUUAAUAUUGGCAUCGAUCUAAAAGAUGUUUUCAAAAAACUUAGAAUACAAUACGAAGAAGCUACAUCGGAAUAUUGGCCAGAUUGGCAAAUUAACAAAUUAGCGAAUUUCCACACGGAUUUUAUUAAUACCAUGUUAGUAAUUAUGCUAAGGACAUUAUGGGAGCAAUCCAUAUACUUAUGUUCCUUUAAUCUCUCGAAUACUUUUAUGACGGUGAUAACAUUGCCUGUUUCUCUAAAUAGAAUAAUAGUUCAAUUUAGUAGUUUCUAUUCAAUAUUUAAACUUCCUUACAACAAAUACUAUAUUGUUAUCGAUGGAAAUUUUGGUGACAUUGUUACUAAUGCAUUAUUUUACAAAACUAACGCUGUUGAAAGUAUUAAAAUAAUCGAAGAAUGGCUACAACUUAUUUCAACGAAUUAUGAGUACUGUGGUAUAACGAAACCACCUAGUAUAGAAGAUAGCAAUAAAAACUCGAAUGAUUUAAUUGUACAAUAUUACAACAAAAUAAAUAAUAUCGGAGAAACUCCUCCGACAACAGACUUAAGCUAUUGGUUUGAUCUGAGUAUUUUUAGAAUGCAGUACAUUGUAGAAUUUGUAAAAUGGAUAUUGCAAGGUGUAGAUUUUGAUAUAAUAAAUUCCUUUAUAUCAAUGUCUAAAGAAUUAGCUCCAAUAUCAACAAAUUCUUGAGAAUUGCAAAAAAUUAAUAUUAUAAUAAGAUUUUGAUUUAAAAACCCUUUUCAAUAAUAGUUUUCUUCUUCAUUUUUCUAUGUAAAAUGUUUUGUAUAAUUUAGUUAAGUCAUUCGCUUUUUAUACACUACAUCGUUGUAACAAAUAUAAUAUUGACUUUUACACAUAAAAAUACAAUUGAUUAAUAUA